CAUUGUUGAUUACGAGCCACUGUUCCAAGUUUUAUUAUUCAUUAACGUUUCGUAUAUAAUACCUCCCUUCAAAUAUUAAAAAAAUAAUAGAAAUAAAUUUCUGCAUUACUGUACGCUAAUAUUAACAAAUAUCCCUUAAGUAUUAAACAAAGUUGAUUGAUACAAAAAAAGGUGAAAGUCGUGAAAAAUUGCUAUAUAAUUUUAAGAUGGAAAAGCCUUCAAAAAAAGUGUUGUGUGUUGGUCUGUGUUGUUUAGACAUCGUUAUGGUGUGUAAGUCAUAUCCAUUAGAGGACAGUGACCAGAGAUGUAUUUCACAUAAAUGGCAAAGAGGAGGAAAUGCUUCUAACAGUAGUACAAUCUUUUCAGUAUUUGGUGUCCCAUGUGAAAUUCUGGGAACUAUGAGCAAAGAUAUUGGAGGCCAAUUUAUGAAGAAAGAUUUUGAGAUUUAUAACAUAUGUACUGAUAACUGCUCAUUUUAUGAACAGUAUGAGAGCCCUGUAUCAGUGGUGUGGAUAAACUCACAAAAUGGAUCAAGAACAAUUGUUCACUCAAACAAGAAUAUGCCAGAAGUUGCAUUUGAUAGUUUUAAAGUUUUAGAUCUAAAAAACUAUCAAUGGAUGCAUUUUGAGUGCAGGCCUUGUACAGAUGACAUGAAAUCUAUGAUCCAGUAUAUUAGAUUGUGGAAUGAUAAAAGUGAAGUAGAAGAUAAAAUAAAAGUUUCUGUUGAAAUUGAGAAACCUCGCCUUGAACUCAUGGAAAUUCUUGGACUAGGUGAUGUCACUUUUAUUUCAAAAGAUUUUGCUUCUGCCUGUGGUUAUACGGACAUGGUAUCUGCAGUUGAAAAUUUGAGCUCCAGGAUUAGACCCGAAAGUAUUAUAAUUUGUGCUUGGGGAGACAAAGGAGCAUCUGCAAAGGUUGCUGGUGGUUCAUUAUAUACAUCAAAAGCAUAUUCUCCUAUAGAAAUUGUAAAUACUUUAGGAGCUGGAGAUACUUUUGUAGCUGCAACGAUUAUGGGCUUUAUGAAUGGUAAAAAUAUUUCUGAUGCCAUUACUAUAGGUUGUCAAGUAGCUGGAGCAAAAUGUGGUAUGCAUGAUGCACAGGAAUUAGCAAAAUUAUUUCCUGAUUUGGUUUGGGCUGAAAGCUGAGUUUCACACAAAUGUUUAUGACUUCAUAUUUUUAUGCUUUUGUUAUGUAGCUUCAAUGUGUAUAAAGUCCAUAAAUUAUGGCACCACA